CUUUUUUUUUUUUGGCGAGAAACUGGUGAGGGUGAAAAGAGAAAGGAGCAGCUGGGAAGAGCAGGAAAGAGAAAGGAAAGGGGAAGUUAAACCUUCCCUCCCUGUCUGUCUCAGAAAACCCAAUAUGGCAUCUUCCAUGAGGAGCUUGUUUUCUGACCACAGCAGAUAUGUUGACUGUUUUCGGAGGUUUCUCAGCAAUUCCACGGAGCACCAGUGCAUGCAGGAAUUCAUGGACAAGAAGCUGCCAGGCAUAAUAGCAAGGAUUGGAGACACAAAAUCUGAAAUUAAGAUUCUAAGCAUUGGUGGAGGUGCAGGUGAAAUUGAUCUUCGAAUCCUCUCCGAAGUGCAGGAUCAGCACCCAGGAGUUCGUAUCAACAAUGAGGUUGUUGAACCAAGUGCUGAACAAAUCACCAAGUACAAAGAGCUUGUAGCCAAGACAUCAAACCUCGAGAACAUAAAGUUUACUUGGCAUAAGGAGACAUCAUCUGAAUAUCAAAAUAGAAUGAUGGAGAAAAAAGAAAUUCAGAAGUAUGACUUUAUUCAUAUGAUUCAGAUGCUGUAUUAUGUAGAAGACAUCCCAGCCACCCUGAAAUUCUUCCAUAGUCUCUUAGCUACCAGUGCGAAGAUUCUCAUUGUUCUUGUGUCAGGAACCAGCGGCUGGGACAAGCUGUGGAAAAAGUACGGAUCCCGCUUACCCCGGGAUGACCUCUGCCAGUAUGUCACAUCAUCCCAUGUCACUCAGAUGCUGGACAAGUUGGGGAUUAAGUAUGAAUGUUACGAUCUUCUGUCCACCAUGGACGUAUCUGACUGCUUUAUUGAUGGCAGUGAAAAUGGAGACCUGCUUUGGGAUUUUUUGACAGAAACCUGCCACUUUAAUAAAACAGCACCACCUGAUCUGAAAGCAGAAAUUAUGAAAGAUCUGCAAGAACCUGAAUUCAGCGUCAAGAAAGAGGGAAAGGUUCUUUUUAAUAAUAAUCUGAGUUUCAUAGUGGCUGAGGCAUAAGUAUCCAUCAUGAGAACGUAUUCAAAAAUUGUUAUUUUGAACAGCGUUGAUUAUUCACUUAAAUGUGUGUUAAAAUUAUAAAUACGUCUCAUAACAUAAACGGAGUAUUGUCCCUUAUAUGUAAAAUCUAGAAAAUUCCAAGAUAUUCUUGGACUUCCAUGUAGAAUUAUAUAUGAUAAAUGGUCUUAAUUCUAUCGCUUCUCCAGGUAGAGCAGAUAUGUGAGGGCUACAGACCGCAAAAGCUGGAAAAAUGAGACAACUCAAUUUCACUGACUUAUAUCGUGAUAAAAUUCUUCUCAUUUGUUAAUUGUAGUGGAAUUUCCUGGACUACCAAUAAAAUACGUGCUAUAGAUUCUUUAAAUACUAGUAAAGUAUAUACUUAUUGAUAAUCCUGGACAUUAAAAAAUGAUUUUUUUCCUUUUUGUGAAGUAUUUGUCUAUGUGCAUUACUCUGUUGUAGUUUCUUAUUUUUAUUGAUUACUAAAAAUAAACACUUAAGAUGUUACAAAA